GUGUAAUUUUGAUCAAUUUUCCAUUAACUAGUCUUUUUAUAACUCUGUAAGACUAGAGGUUAAUGGUAGAAAAUGGAUAGGAAUGCAAAUAAUUCUUUUCUGAAAACAAUGCAAACAUUCCUGAUAACAAGGCAAAUGAAUUUUGUCCAGUAGAGGUUCAAUGAAUUUCCAUCAGUUAGAAAAGCUCAUUCCAAAUAUUAAAGUUUGUUGCCAUGUGUGAUAUUAACCAGUUUCACAUCAAUUAGAAAAGUCACUUAUGGGGGUGCCUGGGUGGCUCAGUCAUGGUCCCAGGGAAAGGAAAUCUGCCUUUGGCUCAGGUCAUGGUCCCAGGGUCCUGGGAUUGGAUCCCCGUCAGGCUCCCUGCUCGGUGGAAGCCUGCUUCUCCCUCUCCCACUCCCCCUGCUUGUGUUCCCUCUCUCGCUAUCUCUCUCCGUCAAAUAAAUAAAAUCUUAAAAAAAAAAAAGCCACUUCUGAAGGACUUUGACUUGAAUACAUACAUACCUGUUCCUCAAAUUCUUUGAAUUAGUUGUAGCAACUUAAUAUUUCUCUCAUUAAUGGAUUGAAUAAAAUCUUUGACAUGUAUUCAUUGUAUAUUUAUAUGAGCAUCAUGUUACUCACUCUUUCGAGAACCAUACUUUAAAAGGUGCUUGCAGGGGCGCCUGGGUGGCUCAGUCAGUUAAGCAGCUGCCUUUGGCUCAGGUCAUGAUCCCAGGGUCCUGGGAUCAAGCUCCUCAUUGGGCUUUUUGCUCAGCAGGGAGCCUGCUUCUCCUUCUACCUGCCACUCUGCCUUGCUUGUGCUCUCUCUUUCCCUCUCUCUCUCUCUGACAAAUAAAUAAAAAUCAUUAAAAAAAUAAAAGGUGCUUGCACUAUAGGAACUCACAUAUUUGUUGAGUGAGGAUAAGCUAUGGAAAAACCAUAAAGGCAGUAUACAAUAAAUGAUAAAUUAUCAAUAUGGAUUCAAGGGGCUGUGGUAGAGUUUCUGUAUGACUAUAUUCUUGUUAUUUGUCUUGCAUUGCUCUUAUUUACCUAGCAGACAAUUCUGCAUUUUAUGGCGUGCCUGAGAAGGAAAUACACACGGGGCAUGAUCCUUGUCCUUGAGUUGUUAACAGUCUCCUGUGGGAAAAAGACAUGGACAAAUCAUCAUAAAGUAAUGAUACUGGACAGAGAAGAGAAAAACAGUUAAGACCUUACUGUGUCCUUAUGCUUUAUAUUUAUUAUGAUGCUUUAUAUUAUUUUAUUAAAACCUAAAAUUUUGGAGGGACUUUACCCCCAAUUUUAUCAUUGGAGCGGGGACAACCAACUAAUUGUUGUAAUAGUCAUGAAGGAGAGGGAGGGAGCCCCAAAGCAAUUUCACAUGUUUUAAUUCCUGAGACCAAAGCUUUUCCCUCAUCUCCCUCAGUUCAUUUGGUUGACUCUGGACUCAGGCUAAAUCCUGACCCCCAAAGAUCCACAGAAUGGGAACCCUGACGGCAGGCCUGGCAAAUGCAGACAAGGUGUUGCUGUAGGACUUUGGAGUUUUUCUCAGGUUUGGACAUUAUCAGGAUCAGCUCCUUGCUGGGAAGCUAUAGAUCUAGAAGGUCAGAGACAAGGUGAGGUUAGUUUACUUCCUUGAGCUUUUCCAGUUUUCAAUGUUGGGUACUGCCAGGACACCUGCUAUGUGGGAGACAGGGAUGAGGUGGUGCUCAGGGCUGGGUUUCAGUUGGGAAAGCACCAGAGAUUGGUCCGCCCGCCCCAACCUGCAAAGCUGGAGGAUGUUGCAGAAGCUGGACUGUAAACACUAGCAAAUAUUGACAGAAGUGAGGGUCAUGGCUAAACCCUCUGGUCCAAGUCUUUUGUAGCAGGAUAAGCCUGCAAUUCAAAGGAACUGGUCAACUGGAUUUGCAUAACGGAACCCUAGUGAUUUCUAAAACUGAGUUUUAAAACUGGCAGCUGGUCAGCCUCUCCCCCGCUGCGUGUUUUUGCAGAAUCCCUCCCUGUACUAAUUUCCUCAUAGCUGUUCAUAUUUCCUGCUGUAGGAUUUUUUUUUUUCUUUUUUAAUUCUUCCCAGGAAGAGAAAUCAGGACAACCUCUUCUCUAGGAGGGAAGUGGUUGGUGUCCUAAGUGGUGUGAGAAGAUCUAUUUUGAUCCAAACCAGGUGUUGUCUGGUUUUGGUUCAUUCCAGCCUGGGUCAAGCAACUGAUCACAAGAUGGUUUUUCCGUUUGUGUGCUAUCUUGUGGUUGUGUGGCUGAUUUCUGCCUCAGACGAGAGCUGUCCAGAAGUUUCCGCAGUGGAAAAUGGCAUAAUUGUUAUAGAGGAGGUAGAAGGACAAAUUCUGGGGACUUACGUUUGUAUCAAGGGCUACCACCUGGUAGGAGAGAAAACCUUUUUUUGCAAUGCCUCUACGGAGUGGAAUGCUCCUGCUCCCACAUGUCGACCGGGCCACUGUCCUGACCCGGUGCUGGUGAACGGCGAACCCAGCUCCCUGGGUCCUGUGAGUGUGAGCGACAAAAUCACUUUUAAGUGCAAUGAGCACUAUAUCCUCAAGGGCAGCAGUUGGAGUCGGUGCCUGGCUAACCACACCUGGAUGCCUUCCUUACCUGUCUGCAAAAGCAGAGACUGCCGCCCUCCCGGGAAUCCCGCUCAUGGCUAUUUUGAAGGAAGAGAUUUCAGCUCAGGUUCUACCAUUACUUAUCACUGUGAAGACAGGUACCACUUAGUGGGCACACGGGACCAGCAGUGCAUUGACGGGGAGUGGAGCAGUGCACUUCCAGUUUGUGAGUUGAUCCAAGAAGCUCCCAAACCAACUCCACAGACGGAGUUUGAGAAGGCACUCUUUGCCUUUCAGGAGAAUAAAGAACUUUGCAAAGCCAUAGAGAACUUUGUGCAAAGACUAAAGGAAAAUGGCUUAACAAUGGAGGAACUGAAAUAUUCUCUGGAAAUAAAGAAAGUUGAGUUGGAGGCAAAAAUGUUGUCCUAACAUUGCAACUGAGCAGACUGGGUAAUAGAAAUGCACCUAUGAAUAAAUUUUCUCUUGGUUCUAAAACCG